UAACUGCCAAUCCUCCACUUCCCCUGUAGUUUACUGGAGACUACAAUCGUCAUUCACUCUGCUGAAGACUAGAGAGAACACACAGACAACAUCAUGAAACAAAUGGUCAUAUUUGGGGUUUUUGCUUUUGCUACAUUCUACAUGGUUCACACUGAAGUACCAGAGUACUGUUCCCUACCACAGGAUGAGGGUACAGCUCCAACCUCAGGAGCAGAUGACUUCCAGAUCCUGCUGUAUUAUGACGCAGCAAAAGACCUGUGCUACCCCUUCAAGUACCUGGGGGAGGGCGGCAACGCUAACCGCUUCACCCUGGAGAAGCUCUGUAUGAGGAACUGUUCUGCCAAGGCAGAGGAGAUCUAUCCCGUGGACGAGUCAAAAGCCUGCCACUUCAAGAAGGCUCUGGGUGAAUGCUUUGGCACCUACCUGCGUUAUUUCUACGACCCCAUCCAUGAGAAGUGUAAGAAGUUUCACUGGACUGGCUGUGUGGGGAACGGGAACAGGUUCAUCGACCAUCAGGCCUGUAAUGCCACCUGUGCUGGGAUUCAUGAUGAGGGUACUGAAGAGGAGGAGGAUGAGCCCGAUACUCCUGUUGCCCUGAUUCUAGGAGUGGUGUUUGGGAUCACUGGAGCAAUACUCAUCAUAGUCAUUGUUGUCCUGGCCAUGCAGAGCAAGAAGAAUCACAAAAGUGAUACAAAGAAAGUGAAAGAUGUCAAGCUGGAGACACAACUGCAAGAAGAACCAAUUGAGAUGGCGUAGAGAAGAGAAGACAACCAUGAAAGGAAAUUAGAAUGACUAGAACGCAUGAUUUCAUUCAUGUCAGCGUCCAUGAUGAGUUGACGGGAAGCCAUAUUGAGUGUACACAUGCCAGUCAUUCUAAUUGUAGGGGAAAAACCAGCUCUGGCCCUCAUCUGAAUGGCCCCUCUCAGGGUGAUAUCAUAGAGUAACAUAGGCCUACAGUUGCAACUAACAAACUUCAAAUUCCAUAUAAUGUUUACCUCAUUUGUUGUUAUCAGACUAUUCAAAAAUCAUUUGUUUCUGUGUUGACAAUAUCGUAUCUGACUUCCCCAUCACAAAUGUACGCCAGGCUAUUUUCCUCAUGGUUAUGUUUGACAUCUCAGUUAUUUUAUAAUGUAU